AUGUCACAAAUGCGUUCAUCAGCCUCUUCAGUACCUUCUGAUCUUCGAGUUGAUUUAAGUGAAAUAGUAGAAGACCUACUAGCAUUUCACUACGACGAUAUAAGUUCCUCAUUGCCAGAAAACGCUGGUUUUCCCAAUUCAACCAGUUUAGCAAAUUCACUGACGUCUGGCGGAUCAAAUAGUGGUGAUCUGGUUCGUCGAAUUAGCCGCAUGCGUUCGAACAUACAACGGGCCCAAGAAGCAGCACGCAAGCUCAGUACUUGUGAUCUGGAUGUUCCUGCCCAAGAGAAACUACUUUUAGCUGUUGCAAACUCCUGUGUAACGAAGCGUCAUUUAGUAUCCUUGCUGAAAACAGAACUGGAUAAGCUAUCUGCCAAGGAUUCUGAUUGUUAUUUUGAGUAA